AUGGCUCCCUUGCAACCGACAACAAUUCCUGGACUUGAACUUUGCAGCGCUGUUUUGUCCUCCCAGUCAGUGAAGAAGCUGUUAGAAGAAUUGAAUCUACCUAUCCAUGAAGUCGUUUUUUACACAGACUCUAAGGUUGCGCUUGGUUACAUACAGAAUGACAGCAGGCGCUUCUACGUGGGAGUAGCCGCAGAACAUUUGAAAGACUCAAGAUGGCUACGUGGCCCAGAGUUCCUGAGGGAAGCCUCACCCAAUCCCCUUUCUACCGUUGAAGCAAUCAAUCAAUCAAUCGCCUUAGACCUGCAAGAUCCAGAGGUCAGAAGUCAAGUAAUUACCUAUACCACAGAUGUAGUUACAAUACCGGGACUGGGUGCUGAAAGAUUCAGUCGUUUUUCCAGUUUCACGUCUCUGCGACGAGCCCUAGCCAACUUAAUUGUCAUGGUGAAAGAGCGUAAAGCAGCAAGCGCAGAUCACAUACCCAAGCACCGGACCAACAGAACAGACAAUCGUGUCCCGUCAGAAAAACUGCCCAAACGAAUCCCACGUCCCCCUUCAGCAACGGAGUUGAUGCAAGCAGAGAUGGUAAUGAUUAGGACCGUUCAGAAUGAGUGUUUCGCAGACGAAAUAAAAUUGCUCGAAGGAGCGGAGAGGACCGAAGGUCGAGAUCGUUCCCGACAAAGGAAGAACCUGUUAAAGAAGUCAAGCCUUUACAGCUUAGACCCGUUCGGGGAUACCGAAGGAGUACUUAGAGUUGGUGGUCGCCUUCGUCGCUCUCAUCUCAGUUUCCUCGAGAAGCAUCCUUUCCUUCUCCCGAAAGGGCAUCAUUUGUCUCGGCUAAUCGUUCGGCACCAACAUGAGAAAACACAUCAUCAAGGUCGACAUAUAACUCACGGAGCAGUGCGCACAGCCGGCUUCUGGGUCACUGGUGGCCAUGGGGAGUUGUCGAAAGUCAUCAGUUCCUGCGUCAUAUGUAGGAGGCUUAGGGGAACAAUACUCAUCCAACACAUGGCGGACCUUCCCUCCGACAGGACCGAAACCCCACGUCCUUUCACUAACGUCGGAUGUGAUGUCUUCGGACCAUGGUAA